GAGCCCUCGCUGAAAGGAGCCAACCCUAGGCUUCCCUUUGAGAUGGCGGAGUGCUUCAGACGCAGAUGAGUUAGUUAACCGGCCCGGGACUGAGAGCCAGCUACCCGCCCCAAGACACGGUGUUUCUGCUAGCAGCAUUCAAAGCUGCUGCUGUGUACCACGGCUGGGGGCGGAGUAGGGGCUGGUAUGGGUCCUAGAGUGGACCACUGACCUUCCCAGGUCUGCUCCAAAAAACAUUAGGACUCCAUAGGGAACAGGUGAGACUAACAGCUUGAACAGCUGUUGCAGAGCCUGAAGACCCUGCCUGGAAAAGAUUCAGUGGGGGGGACGGCGCUGCUGGAAUCAGGAUUGGCCGUUGAGUUGGAGUUGCCCCGCCUGCUCCCAUGUCCGCGGCUGAACACCUGGACCCGAUUCCUGACAGCUUCAUCCUGCAGCCGCCGGUCUUCCACCCGGUGGUUCCCUAUACCACAACACUUUUCGGUGGCCUGUAUGCAGGCAAGAUGAUCAUGCUGCAGGGCGUGGUCCCUCUACGUGCACGAAGGUUUCAGGUGGACUUCCAGUGUGGGUGCAGCCUGCACCCUCAGCCAGAUAUUGCCUUCCACUUCAACCCUCGCUUCUACACUGUCAAACCCCAUGUCAUCUGCAACACCCUCCAAGGUGGAGUCUGGCAGAAAGAAGUCCGGUGGCCUGGUGUCACCCUGCAGAGAGGUGCUAGCUUCCUCGUGCUCUUUCUCUUUGAGAACGAAGAGGUGAAGGUGAGUGUUAAUGGACAGCAUUUUCUUCACUACCGCUACCGGCUCCCACUGUCACGUGUGGACACCCUGGGCAUAUAUGGUGACAUUUUGGUGAAGGCUGUUGGAUUCUUGAACAUCAAUCCAUUUGUGGAAGGCAGCAGAGAGUAUCCAGUUGGAUAUCCCUUCCUGCUGUAUAGCCCCAGACUGGAGGUGCCCUGCUCACGCACUCUUCCUCGGGGUCUCUGGCCUGGGCAAGUCAUCGUAGUUCGAGGACUGGUCUUGCAAGAGCCAAAAGAUUUCACCCUGAGCCUGAGGGAUGGGGCCACCCGUGUUCCUGUGACACUCAGAGCUUCCUUCACAGACAGAACACUGGCCUGGGUCUCCUCCUGGGGACGAAAGAAGCUGAUCUCAGCCCCCUUCCUCUUUUACCCCCAGCGAUUCUUUGAGGUACUGCUUCUGUGCCAGGAGGGAGGGCUGAAGCUGGCACUCAAUGGGCAAGGGCUGGGGGCCACCAGCCUGGACCAGAAAGCCCUGGAGCAGCUGCGGGAGCUCAGGAUCAGUGGGAGUGUCCAUCUCUACUGCGUCCACUACUAAGGAGAACUCCAAGGGCACCCCAAUCAAAGAAGAGGAAGGGCAGCUGCAGCCAGGGCUCCACAGUACAGCCUCACUCUGCCAUCCUCACUGGACCCUUGACCUGUCAUCGCCACGUCAGGCCUAUUCACAUCAGGUCACAAGAUUGCGUCUACAAGGGCAUCAGGGCCCCACGACUAGGGAAGGCUUACAGCUCUGUGCCUCUUCUACCAGGAGCUCGGUGGCUCUGUUUUCCUAGACUGUA